AUGUUGUUUCGUUCUUUGGCCUACUGGCUAUCUGCCGGCUCACUCGCGUAUGCCAGUGCCAUCCCAACCUCUCUUGUUGAGAGACAAGACGGCGCAUGUACAAACACAGCUCGAACACGCAAUUGUUGGAGCGAUGGGUACAGUAUCGCCACUGAUUUCGAUGCCAAAUCCCCUCCAGAUGGUACAACUGUCACUUACAACCUUGAGAUCUCGAACGUCACAAAACCACAUCUUGAUGGCAGUGCUGGAAGUCGACAAUUUCAACUUAUCAACGGUCAAUACCCAGGACCGACGAUUCGAGCAAAGUGGGGUGACACCAUUGUCGUGAAUGUCAAGAACAACAUGCAAGACAAUGGCACCGGAAUUCAUUGGCACGGCAUUCGCCAGUUGAACUCAUGUCAACAAGACGGCGUCCCUGGCGUUACAGAAUGUCCAAUUGCCCCCGGGAAGACUCGCCAAUACAAAUUCAGAGCGACCCAGUUCGGCACGACCUGGUACCACUCUCAUUGGUCUGCUCAGUACGGGGAUGGUGUGCUCGGGACCAUGAUUAUCGAUGGCCCCGCUACAGCCAAUUACGAUGAGGAUCUGGGUGUGCUGCCACUUACAGACUACUACUACACACCAGCUUUCACUCUCAAUGAGGUAGCACAGCACUCAACAAGGGGCCCUCCCGCUCCAAAUAACAUCCUUGUCAACGGUACUCAUGUCAACGCAAGCGGCGGGGGCAAAUAUGCGAAGAUGACUGUCACCAAGGGGAAAAAGUACCGCAUCAGGAUCAUUAACACCUCCGUGGACAGCACUUUCAGUGUUUCUCUUGAUGGACAUCCCUUCACUGUUAUGACUGCCGACUUUGUUCCCAUCAAGUCUUAUAUCACCACUCAGGUGACGCUUGCUAUUGGCCAACGUUACGAUGUAAUGAUCAACGCAAACCAGACGGUGGAUAACUAUUGGUUCCGCGUAGCCGUAGGAACAGACUGUGGAUCCAACUCUAUGAUCGCUUCUGGCGUCCAAAUGGGCGCCAUCGUUUCUUAUUCAGGCGCGUCCAGUGGAAACCCUACGUCUACCGGUGUCGCCAUGCGAACAGCCUGCGUCGAUGAAAAGACCAGCGAUCUCGUUCCCUUCGUCCCGAACACCGUACCCUCAUCUGUAGUCGGCAGCGCUGGCAAGCUCGAAAUCGGAUUCAGCCAGGCAGCACCAGCCAACCUUGUCCGCUGGCUCAUUGAUGGCACACCGAUGAUCGUCGAUUGGAACAACCCCACACUGGAGACAACACUCGCUGGAUCGGAUAAGUUCUAUGCCAACGCCAACAUCCAUGAGAUGUCCACUAGCAAUUGGUAUCUGUGGUGGAUCCAAUCAACAGCUGCUAUCCAGCUUCCGCAUCCUAUCCAUCUUCACGGCCACGACUUUUACAUCGUCGGCGAAGGGAGUGGGACUUGGGACGGUUCGACUACAGGUUUGACGCUGAACAACCCUACCCGUCGUGAUACUACAACAAUGCCAGUUGGUGGUUAUCUGCUGAUAGCAUUUCCUGCGGAUAAUCCAGGAGCUUGGGUGAUGCAUUGCCACAUUGCAUGGCAUGCGAGUCAGGGACUUUCGAUGCAGUUCCUGGAGCGCAAAGGUGAGAUUCAGGGCGCGAUUGGUGGCACGUCAGAUUUCAAGAAGGGCUGUGAUGAGUGGGAUGGGUACUGGUUCGACGGAAACCAUCCGUACAACCAGACCGAUUCGGGGCUCUAG